AUGAACGAGCAUUAUUUGCCUGCAAAGGCUCUGACUCAACAACCGCGGGCCACGGGUCCGUCUCUUCUUGCUUGUCUUCUAUGUCGCCAUAAGCACCUCAAGUGUGAUGGAGCCACGCCUGUGUGUAGCCGUUGUGCCGCCACAGGUGCAGAGUGCCAGUAUACCCCGUCGCGGCGAGGAUACAAGGGCCCCUCGAAGAAGCGGCGCGCCAAUCCUUCCUCACCUGAGCAACUACCAGCCGAUCUUGCACCAUCUUUUGACCCUAAUGUUGGGUUCUACAAUGUGCCUGUGGAUUGGAAUGCUUUGAAUCCUUAUCCAUAUGUGCCUUCGGCCACCCUUCCUGCCUCAACCUCCUCGGGAAGUAGUCCCCAAUUCACUGAACAACCUGGGGCUUCGCAGCAAGUGGUCACCAAGAACGCACCUCUGACCCCUGAAUCGUCGUCAUCACUUUCCAAUGAUGGAUAUCUUGUCGACAUUUACUAUCAGUUCUUCCACCCUUCGCACCCCAUCUUGCCUCCGAUCAAGACACUCUAUCACAACCGUGUGCCACCUUACCUUGAGCAAGUCAUCAAGUUUGUGGGAUCUCAUUUCACUCCCGCCGCGUCGAGUGAGACUUAUCGACCCGGCAUCAUGACGACUGUUAUGGAGCAGGAAGGAACGUUGGAGAAGAUUCAAGCUCUUCUCCUACUCGCGAUUGUGCUCCAUUCGCGAAACGAACGGGAUAAGGCCAAAGAUUGCCUUAUUACCGCAGUUGACCUGGCCUUUGAGCUCGGUCUUCAUACUAGGGAUUUCGCUACCACAAUGGGCGGUGGUAAUCCGCUUAGGGAGGAGUGCCUAAGACGUACAUGGUGGGAAUUGUUCAUCAUUGAGGCUAUGUUGACAGCACUUGGACUUCAAAAAAGUCCUCGAACACAUCAUGUGCCCCUCGAAGUACCACUUCCCUGCGAGGAGCGGAUAUAUCAGGACGGGAUAGAGCCUCCGCCGCCACCCACGAUCGCGCAGUUUGAUGAGCGUGUCUUUGCCGACGAGGAGCGAGAUUUCUCAUCCUAUACGUAUCGAAUCGAAGCGGCGCGUAUCCUAGGACGUGUUGUGGCCAUUCAAGACCUGGUUGAAGGCCAGCAGGACCAAGUGGAAUCGAUUGACGCCCGAAUCACAAGCUUUUUUCAUCACCUCCCUGAAUCUAAAGCAGAGCUUUUGCGCCCCGACGGGACCGUUGACGAGAUGAUGUUCCAGGCGACAAUGGUGGUGAAUGGCACGGCGAUUUACCUCCAUUUCCCGCGUUCAGACUUGCUUUCAUCGCCAGCCGUUGCGGCCGAAGUCAUUUGCGGUCACCACGGGCCAUGUUCCGUCCCGGCAUUUUCACACCACUCCCACGCCAUGAAAGCCCUUAAAGCAGCCAGCGAAAUUUCCUCGCUAGCCUCCAUCCGCAUGCCUGUAGUUAAGCACACGCCGUUCUUCAUCUGCUCGCUUGUUAUGAGUUCGAUUGUGCAACUUGCCGCCUGCUCAGUCAAAGCAGGGCAAAUGCCAGAUCCCAGCCGCGAUCGCUUGGCGCUGACUAUCGGAGUUUUCAAAACUCUGGCCAACACCUGGGCAAUCUCGCAGUCGAUUAUGCGACAGAUCAAGGCUGUCGCUCGGGAUGUGAUGGAUAUGGGCUUGCGGCCGACGAUGGCCAUGGAUCAGAUUGAUUUGAAUACGGUUCUUGAUAACAAUGGCCGAUUUUGGCUCGCAGAGGCUCUUCCGAGGUAG